AUGACAAUCAUCACACCAACUUUCGCCAAUGAGUCUCUACUGAAGGAUGCUGCUUUUAUCAAUGGCGAGUGGGUGAAAAGUACGGCAGAGUACUUUGAGGUCACAGACCCAGCUACCGGCGCUGUGAUUCGAUCAUUACCAGACCAGCCACUGGAGGUUGUUGAUGAAGCCAUCGACGUUGCAUUUGAGGCUUUCAAGUCAUUCAAGCUUACUGCCCCAAGACAGAGAGCCACUUGGCUCAGGAAGAUAUUUUCACUCAUGAUGGAAAAUAUUGACGACUUAGCCAAAAUCCUAAGCUGGGAGAAUGGGAAACCGCUUGCGGAGGCCAAGGGAGAGAUCAAGUACGCCGCCUCUUUUUUCGAGUGGUUUUCUGAAGAAGCUCCGAGAAUCUAUGGUACAGCCAUCACACCGGGCAUUGAAGGGAACAGAGCAUUUACACGCAGAGAGCCAAUUGGCGUGUGUGGCAUCAUCUGUCCCUGGAACUUCCCCAGUGCAAUGAUCGCUAGAAAGGCUGCUGCUGCCCUUGCUGCUGGUUGUACAGUUGUCAUCAAGCCUGAUUCCCAAACUCCACUGUCCGCCCUUGGACUAGCACAUUUGGUUCAAGAAGCGGGUAUUCCUCCGGGUGUAUUUAACAUCGUUUUAUCACACUCUAAAACCCCUGAAUUUGGUCUCAAACUCUGCGAAUCUACAAAAGUAAGAAAAGUAUCCUUCACCGGCUCUACCGCCGUGGGGAAAAUUUUAAUGAAACAAUCUGCCUCCACAAUGAAGAAGUUGUCCUUGGAGCUGGGUGGGAAUGCACCUUUUAUAGUCUUUGACGAUGCCGAUUUGGAUAAAGCCGUGGAACAGGCCAUCGCAUGUAAGUUCAGAGGGAUGGGCCAAACAUGUGUAUGCGCAAACCGGUUUUACGUACAAAGAUCGAUUCAUGACCAAUUCGCCGUCAAGCUUGCGGAGAAAGUUGAGAAAUUUGUGAUUGGUCACGGUCUCGACAACGGUGUGACUCACGGCCCUAUGAUCAAUCCCAAGAGCAUCGAAAAAGUCGAAGCUCAUGUCAAAGACGCGGUCGAGAAAGGUGCCAAGACCGUUUUAGAGGGCGGGCGUCUGCCUAAGUUGGGCCCCGCCUUUUACGCUCCAACUGUUUUGUCUCAUGUCCCUCAAACAGCUGAUGUGGCGUCUCAAGAAACUUUUGGUCCGCUAUGUGCGAUCAUACCAUUCGAGACUGCUGAAGAGGUGGUUGGUUAUGCUAAUGCUAGCGAACUGGGACUGGCUUCUUAUGUGUUCUCAAAGAAUGUUGAUACUCUUUAUGGUGUUUCUGAAGCGCUCGAAACUGGUAUGGUCGCGUGCAACACUGGUCUUUUUAGCGAUGCUACCGUUCCUUUCGGUGGGGUCAAAGAAUCUGGUUACGGGCGGGAGGGCUCUUUGCAUGGACUUGAUGAUUACACGGUUAUCAAAACCACCAUCAUCGGGAAUGUUCCAAAGUACUUGUAG